AAGUGGCGGCUGGUUCAACGAGGCCUUCCCAGAAGGUUCAUUGCUAUGAAGAUGGAUCUUCCAGCUUCUGUUCUUUCGCAGAGUAUAAGCAUAUUCUCCUAUGUAUAUAUACACGUCCGGAGUCCAUUAAAGCUGUCUGGUAAUUAUGAUUUUCUUCAGGUGUGAGGUACUCUGCUAUAUUUCUUAGUUAUUCCAGAAGUUUCUGCAUUUUAUUCAAUUUUUGUUUGUUCAAUCAUUUUUCUGUUCAUAACAUAGACUAGUUUGCUGAUAUUGGGCAAAUCUGAAUCUUGCUAUCUGUUUGUGUUCUGGGUAUCUCUCACUCGUCCAAUUGGGUCAAGUUCUUAUUUGGUGAGUCUCAUCACUUGAGAUUCCAAUAUUCAUUUCAAUUUCCUUUCUAUUCCAAAAUUUCAUAUCACAGUCGGGUUUCUUGAAAAAGUAAAAAUCUCACCAGGUAAAUUGGUUGAUAGAUUGUUUUUAUGGAUACCCUUCUUGAAAGAUAUUCUUUCCAUGGAAAGAUUCAAUUUUGGGCAAGGCUCAGCUUCAUUCUAUUCUAAUCAGAAUCUGGUAAAUGGGUUCCAUCCAAGUAAAUCAAGAAUCCACAAGUCCAGUUUGCCUUUCAACCAAUUUGGACCACCUUAGUGAUUCAAAUACUUCUUUGAGCUCUGGUUCAGAUGGAGAUGCUAUUGACAUUAGUGAGUACAAUCAUCCUGUGAUUAAGUACAUAAGUGAUAUUCUAGAAGAAGACCUUGAGGGUAAGCCCUGCAUGUUGCAGGACUGUUUGGCCCUCCAAGCUGCUGAAAAAUCUUUCUAUGAUGUCCUUAAUCAGAAUGACCAUCCUUCACCCAAGCAACCCCCUCUUUCUGUGCACCAAAGCUUUGAGAACUCAGAUGAUGAUUCCCCACAUAGUUGUCAUAGCAGUAAUGGCUCUAUUGCUGUGAAGACAAACUGGGUUUUUGAUCGUUCAGAAGCUUCACAUGUCCAAUCUUCUCUUGUUCAGUCCCUAUCAGAUGCUGGUUUGGUUUCAGAUUCACUUUCUGAGAUGCAAAGUCUUGGGCAUUUUGGAGGGUUAGGGGAAGCAAGCAAGUUCCUUCCAAAUGUAAAACUGGAGGGGUACCGGUUAAUGCUUCCGGGUCUUGAUCAGUGGCCUUCAAGUACUAACAUACUGAUGACAACGCCAGACAAUGAUGGCUACAAGUCAACAAAUGGAUCAAAGGGAAAGAAAAAUAAUCAAAGGGAGGAUGCUGAUUAUCCAGAAGAAGGCAGAAGCAACAAGCAGCCAGUUGCUUUUGCUGAUGACUCGGAGCCGCAAGAAAUGUUUGAUGAGGUAUUACUUUGUCAUGGGAAUCAUGAGUUUGAGUCGUGUUCUCCUGAUGAAUCUUUGAUAACUGUGGGAAGUGGGAAGUUGCAGCGCAACAAGCAAAAAGGAUCUAAAACAGCGCGUUCAAAGAAACAGAAUAACAACUGGGAACUAGUAGAUUUGAGCACACUGUUAACUCAAUGUGCACAAGCUGUGGCAAGCUAUGACCAAAGAACUGCAAGUGAACUACUCAAGCAGAUAAGGCAGCAUUCUUCCCCCUAUGGUGAUGCUAACCAGAGAUUAGCUCAUUACUUUGCGGAUGGCCUAGAGGCACGCUUGGCUGGAGCCAGAACUCCAUCAUACUCUUUCCUUGUUAGUAUGCAGAUAUCAGCUGCUGAAAUCUUAAAAGCUUAUGAGGUAUUUGUUACUUCAUCCCCUUUCAAGACGGUGUCACAUUUCUUGGCGAACAAAACAAUUCUGAAACUAGCAGAAAAAGCAACUAGGCUUCAUGUUAUUGAUUUUGGCAUUUCUUAUGGUUUCCAAUGGCCCUGCUUUAUCCAACAUCUCUCCAAGAGACCGGGUGGACCUCCUAAGCUUCGUAUCACAGCAAUUGAGCUUCCCCAACCAGGUUUCCGACCUACAGAAAGGGUUGAAGAGACGGGGCGUCGCCUGAAAAAAUAUGCUGAGAGAUUUAAUGUCCCAUUUGAGUACAAUGUCAUUGCUCAGAAGUGGGAAACAAUCCAAUUUGAGGAUCUUAAAAUUGACAGAAAUGAGGUGAUUGUGGUCAAUUGUAUGAACCGACUAAAGCACAUACCUGAUGAGACAGUGAUGGUGAACAGCCCAAGAGACAUUGUCCUAAAGUUGAUCAAGAAAAUUAAUCCAAACCUAUUCAUUCAUGGGGUUGUCAAUGGGACAUACAAUUCACCCUUCUUUGUCACACGGUUCAGAGAGGCACUCUUCCACUUCUCUGCACUGUUUGAUGUGUUUGAGGCCAGUGUUCCUCGUGAAGAUGAACGGCGGCUGAUGUUCGAAAAAUAUGUAUAUGGCAGGGACAUAUUGAAUGUCGUAGCGUGUGAGGGACUGGAAAGAGUUGAAAGGCCUGAGACAUACAAGCAGUGGCAGGUUAGGAAUGUGAGGGCUGGGUUCAAGCAACUCCCAGUAGACCAAGAGCUUUUGAAGAAAAUGAAGAGAAUUUUGAAGUUUAUGGGUUAUCAUAAUGAUUUUAGGAUUGAUGAAGAUGGCCAUUGGAUUCUGCAGGGAUGGAAAGGAAGAACCAUUUUAGCUCUUUCCUUCUGGAAAAAAGCCUAGAUCACUAUUAAAUCUUUAGUCUAUUUGCUCUUGAAUUUGUCCUUUAAUCUUCCUUCCAUUGACGAAGUUGUGUUUACCGUAUUGUGAUGUUGUAAUGAGUUGAUUGUUAAUUUAUUCAUUCAUCUUUCCAAUGGGAGCUUGAUCUAGGAUUUGUAAUAUUUUGAUCCAAGUUGAAGCAGAGCACUAAUUGAUAUGGAUGAUCAAAUGCAGUUUGUGGUACAUACGUUUACCCAAUUUGCGGCUCUAAGUAGGGUUUCUUGGCUAAUGCCCAUAUUUAGCUUCUAAAUCUUGUUGUACAUUCAUUUGUAAAGGCUUUGCUUUUA